AUCACAAUUCACAAUUCUUUCUUACUAAUUAGCCUAACCCCCUUAUUCUUCAUUCCAUUUGUACACAAAACAAUUUUCUUAACUUGUUAGUAGUGCUAUUUUGUUAGUAAAGAAAAAACACCAAAUUAAAAGAUUUUUAGCUAUGAGUUAUAUGAUAGUUGAACUAAUCCAAUAUUUCUUCUUCCAAAUGGUGAAAUUCACCCACAUCUUAAAACAAUUCUCAAAAUCAUCAUCCAAGUUUUUCACACACCUCGAAUUCAGGUUUUCUCAUGAUCACUCAUCCAAGAUUCAUGUUGAGAACAAAUCCCAUGAUUCCCAAUUGUCAAAAACACAGAAUCUUUCCUUGACAACAAAAAACACCAUCCAUCAUCAUGAUCGUACUCUCCAAGGAAAUGAAGUGGAGCUACUAAUGGCAAAUUUGGGUGUUUUUUGCCACCCUGGUGAUCAAAAGCUGCCAGAGGUGUUGCAUGCUACAGAUUUGCUAGAUAUUUUUGAAGUUGACCAACCAAGAUUAGAUGAAGUCAAAGAAGCUUUUGAUGUAUUUGAUGAAAACAAAGAUGGUCUUAUUGAUGAAAGUGAAUUGCAAAGAGUUCUUUGUGCAUUGGGAUUGAAUGAAAGAGCAGAAUUGGAAGAUUGUAAGAAGAUGAUCAGAGCGUUUGAUGUGAACGCCGAUGGUAGGAUAGAUUUUGAUGAGUUUGUCAAGUUUAUGGAAGAAACCACCUAUUAACUAGUGACAAUUACUAAUACCAUUGGUUAUUUUGUUUAUUGUUCAUAUUCAUACAAUAUAAUUUUUGAUUAGUA